CCAAACGAAACCGAAAUGAGAGGCAAAAGAGCCGUACGAACGGACAAAACGUUCAACCAAAUUUCGAUUUAUUAUUUUUCUUAAUUUUUCAAUCGGCAAAUAUUUCCGCCACCGUACUCCGCCCCCAUCCUCCGUCCAAUCUCACCAGACUAUUCAGUUUUCGCCCGUUCACAUUCCAAUCGAGGUGGUAGACCGCCGCGUUGAUGUCAUGGAUACGAUCGGCGAUGAACAAAGCCGCCGAAGUUCCCGGCGGCGCCAUUUUCAGAGCCGCUGUCCGUACUUACACCGAUAGCGUUGUUCAUCACGCCGGAUAUUCGCUUUCCGGCAUCGCGCUUAGUUUUCCAGAUCGAAUUGCUCCACAGAACACACAAAACUUUAGUGAUGCAAUCAAAAGGCUUGACGAAGUUUCUGUUUCGUGUAAAGGGGAAGAAAGAGUUCGGUUGCUAAAAAGUUGGUUAAAGGCUCUAAGAGAAUGUGAAAAACCAAACGGAAACCGAGUUGAGUAUGAGGGGAAAAUAUCUGAGGAUCCGCACACAUCAAGUGAUAAGAAUGUUUCUCCCGGAAAACCAGCUAUGCAGAUUCUAUAUUAUGAUCCUGAUCAUCGUAGUGUACCAAUGAAUUUCCGUGAUGUUUUUCUUCAAAGUCAAGCUCUAGAAGGCAUGACAAUGUCUAUGAUUCUUGGUGCACCAAAUGAGGAGGAAAUUUCGUUACUUCAUGAAAUAUUUGGCUUGUGUCUAACAGGAGGGAGUGAAGUUCAUGAUGUAGUCGUGAAAAAUAUACAAGAUCUAGCAAAAGUAUUCUCAGUUUAUGAUAGUGAAAUGCUGGUAAGGAGGGAAGAAUUGCUUCAAUUUGCUCAAACAGCGAUUACUGGGCUGAAAGUAACUGCUGAUGUGGCAAGAGUAGAUUCCGAAAUCUCACAAAUACAACAAAGCUUGAGUAGAAUGAAAUGCCACAAAUCUGCUUGUGAGGGCAGUGAGACUUCUUCUGAAGCACCAAACAGUACAUCUUCAAUGGAUACAAAAGAAACCGUUGCCCAUAUUCAAUUGUGCUGCAGAUUGAAGUCACUUUUGCUAAAGAAAAGAUUGUUGAAAAAAGGGGAUACACCAGAGACUCAUGCUCAGAAAAUUGAUAAAUUAAAAGUUCUAUUAGAAUCUCUUCGUCACUCAGCCUACAAAACUGAAAAGCGUAUAUUAGAGCAUAGUGAACAAAAAAAAGAAAUUCUUACUUUUUGCGUAGCACGGACCAGUGAAGUCAGCCAAAUUGAGAAGGAUCUGAAAGCUGAAAUUAGUGAGAUUGAAAAGCAAAGAGACAAACUCGAAGCUGAGUUGAGACAGGUUAAUAGCACCUUGGUUGCUGCAAUAACUCGUCUUCAAGAUGCCAGAGAAGAACGGUUACAGUUUGACGAAGAUAAUAAUGAGUUCUUUUUAAACUUAAAGAAAAAGGAAGACGAACUCUCGAAAACAAUUGUUUCGUAUAGAGCAGAAGCAGAUGCUUGUCAUGCAUUUAUUAAUUUUUUGGAAUCUACUUGGGAUUUCCAGUCCUCGUUUGCGAAUCAAAGGGACAAGCAGGUCAAUGAUCAAUUGCAGAAUCAUGAAGCAUACACUGUAAAUGUGGUUGCUAGUUUUUUAUCUGCAUACGAGGAUCAACUGGAGCCUGCUAUUGCCAAUUUUAGGAAGCUGCUACAGAGCUUGAAAGGGUAUCAGUAUAUAAUCGAUCCAGAUGAAGAAUUUUUGCAUGAUAUCAAACAAAGGGUAAAUAUUGAGCAGGAAUAUCUGGAUGCAGAAGCCAAGAUUGUGAAUAUCUUUAAUACAGUGGAAAGCAUUAAAGAGCACUUUUAUAGUGCAAUUGAUGAUUCUUCUAGGAAAGAUGUUGAGGUGAUCAACAAGCUAUGCAAUGCUAUAGAAAAACUCGAACGCGACUUCAAAAUCAACAAAAGGCCAAUUUUGCGGAUCGAAAUUCCAACUAAUGAAGAUUUAUUAUCCCCAUCUACAGGAAGUCCUCGUGGAACUAAAAUUUCAUCUCCUGGACGUGUUAUACCGGAUUUUAAGUCCAUAUUCUCUCAAAACUUGAUCAAGUCUCCUAGAAAAAAACCGUAUAUACCGUUAGGGGGUUCCUCCGAAAACUCUCCUGUUUCAACUAUCGAAAAUGAUACUAGAUCAACAGAAAACAAGCAAUACAAAUUUAAAGCAUCGGAGUCUGAAAAACCGUAUGUACCCUUAGGCGGGUCCUCUGACAACACUCCUGUAUCAACCAUGGAAAAUGAUGUUAAAUCACCAGAAAACAAGCAACAUAUAUUUGAAAAGCCGUCACCUUUUGAUCAACGUGUUUCAAAUCCGACCGUCAAAAUUGAGAAUAAACCUUUGGAGAAAAUGCCAACGGGCUAUGAUAAAGAGGGCAGUGAGCAGUCACAGGUAUCAGAGAGCCAUGAAAGCAAAAUGCAUGAACAUGCUACUGCAAUAGACCUUGAUAAAGAAUUAGUGACAUCAGCUUUACAAAAAGAAACUGGUAUAAACACCGAGACAACAGAAGGCGGGCUUGAAGAAACAUAUGAAGUUUCUACAGCGGAACAUCUCAGUGGGAGCAAGAAGUCGGUAGACCCUAACGAGAAACUGUCAAAGUCAAACUCAGGAAUUGAGGAGAAAGAUCAAGUUUCUACGGUAGAUACUGCUGGUUGGGAAUGUGAUGAAAUUGUGAAAGAACAGAAAGAUGACAAUUAUCAUCACAAAAUUAGCCCUGGUGAAGGUGGUGACUUUGACAGUAAAUAGGUAACACAAAGAUGGUAUACCAUACAAACUUAUGAUAUAUGUAUAGAAGAAAACCCAGCUUGUCUUCAAUUGAUGGUUUAUAUUUUACUUUUACAAGAUCUAUUUGAGAUUCACUGCAAUUCAAUGUGAAUAGGAUUAUUAAAUUUAUGUUUUUUUAGAGAUUAGAUUUUAUAUGGAAGUCAAAAACCUUAGGAAAUUUCUUCUUAUUUGUCACUUAGCUUGUUAGUUAUUGACCUGUUUUA